ACUACUUUAAUGUUUUAAUUUAAAAUCACCGAAUUGGCGAGUUAUUUAAUUUUCGUUAAUACAAUUUACAAUACCUUUUAAGAAUAAUUAUGAUUUUAAUUUUAAAUUUUUAAAUAGGAAAUACCAAUCUUUGUCAUGGUCAACAUAUAAUAACUAUUACCCAUCUAGAAUUGGAUUAUUUAAAUUGUUUCUGUUUUAAAAUGUUGAUAACUUACAUCAAUUUUUCAUGUUAUUAGUGUAUACUAUUAAUUAUUAAAAAUACUAUUUAAAAAAAUUUUAAUUAUUGUAUAUCAACUACAGUAUUAACAUUAUGGACAAGUUAUGUCAUAGCGAAAGUAUUGUGGGCAAAAGCUUUGAAUACUGGAAAAAUAUAUAUGAUCAAGGUAUUAUUGAUCUCCAUGCAGUUCAUCUACAACUUAAUCAUUUAACAUAUGCUCUUAAUCACAACUUGAUUACUAAUGAAGAAUAUUAUAAAUACCGGUUAAGCAUAACUGACCAGUAUAAAUCAUCUUUUAUGGACUAUAAACCAUGUUCACUAAUGAAUUUUUGCAAAGCGUUAAAGAGACAUAAUUUAAUGGACAAUAUAGAAAUAAAUAAACCAUUGAUAAUUGAUAAACAUUCUGAAGAAAUAAUUUGUGAAGUACAAAAUAAUAUAAUAAAUAAUUCUGAAAAUAUCAACCAGCAAAAUACUGAGAUGGUUAAUGUACAUGACUAUAAUCUAAGUAAAGAACAAGAAAAUAGUAAUGAUCAAAUUGAAAAACCAAAAAAAUCUAGAAAGAAACGUAAGAGAAAGAAAAAAAAUAAUAACGAUUGUCAAAAUAUAGAUUAUUCCAAUACUGUAGUAACAAAUAAUUCUGAUGAAGGUGAUAAAAAAAUGAAAAAUUCUGUUGUUACAUCAAAGAAAACAGUAAAAAUAUUUAUUCGUAAAAUGAAUAACAAGGACAAGAGCCAGAUUGACAAAAGGAAAUCAUUGGUUUCAACUCAAAGAUCAGUUAGAGAUAUGUUCAGUAAAAUGUUAAAGCAAUUUAAAAAGGAAAGACAAUAAUAUUUUAAUAUUAAUUUUAUAAUAAUUAUUUAUCAUUUUUAAAUAUCAUAGUAUAGAAUUUAAUAGCAUACAAUUAUUACUGUACCUACAUUGGCUACAUAAUUAUAUUCAUGUUCUAUACAUUGUCUGUGAUUUA